AAUUAAUAUAAAUUUAAAUAUAUAUUUUUUUAAUUUUAAAACAAAAAAAAAAAAAUUAAGAAAAAUAUUUUUUUUUUAUUAAAAAAAAAAAAUAAAGUGUUAAAUAAAACAAUAAUUUUUUUUUGUAAUUGGCUGAUUUUUAAAACACUUCAAAUGGUACAUCAACCAGCUAUUGGAAUAUAAAAUUUAUACCAAACACCCUAAAUGAGGGUACAAUGAGGUCAAAAAUAUACGAUGUUACCACAGUUUAUGCCCAAUGCCAAGAUUAUUUUUCUACUGAUGGUGAUGUUUGCCAGUGCACUAUGUUCAACACGAGACUAUGUGAUAAUGUUAAAAAGCGCCAACCACAACAAAGCUCUCCAUAUAACACCCGGUGGCAAAGUAACUGCAGCCGAUAUAUCAAUAGCACAAAACAUUACAAUUGGCAGCAUUGGAGAUUUCCUAACAACAGGCAUUUUCAAAAUAACACUAUAUUCAAAGGAAGCCGGCAGAUAUCUUUGCUUCAACAAACAUUGGAAGCUUGUUGGAAUGAAAAAUCCAAAAGAAAGUUGUCACUUCAUCGAGUCGCUAGAUCGCGGCUACUUCGAAUUCCGAUCGGCAGUAAAUCGAUCGCGUCGUGUCGGUUUCAAUCGACGCUUUAGACCGGUUGUACUGCAACGAGCAAAUGAACAGGAUUUGGCCGAUGCCUGUUUCCAUUUCAUGAAGAUCGAAGCUGAGAAUUUCGAUCAGAGUGAUUUUCCAGCGGCCGAAAGAAAAUCAGCUGCGGCCACAACAAAAACAACGACAACAACACGAACUCACAACAAACGCCGCAACAAUAAUCGACGAAUAAAAAAAACUAAUAGUAAUAAUGGCCAUAACAGUACUUUAAGCAACGACGUUACUAGUAUUAACAACAAUAGUAAUUUAAGUCAAAAAAACAACAAUAGUAAAACUGCAGGAUUGCAACCUAAAAUUUUGGUACGUCAUCAUCAUAACAAUAGCAGUAUUGUUGCACGCCGCCUUCGACAUGAGCGUGAACAAAAAAUACGCCAGCUACGCAAGCAAGUGCAGCCUGAAAAUACAACUUCAUCAGCGACAAAUUUAUCGGCGAAAUCUUCGACGACAAUAUUGGCGCCAGUUUUGAAUAUUUUUGCAACUCUAGCGGCAAGUAGACGAACUAGAGGUCGUCGGAAAACUGAUGAAAUACGUGAGGAAGAUGAGGAAGACAAUGAUGAAGCUGCGGUAAAACAGAAGAAAGUCAUUAAGACUUCUUCGAUAACUGAACCAACUCCAAUGUAUCUUUCGCCAAAAAACCCAGAACAUCGCCAUCGGCAUCAUCAUUUGCAACAGCAUCAACAUCAUCCGCAUCAUCAAAUUGUUGCUAGCGAACACCUGCAGAAUUUCAAUAAUAACAAAGCCGAUUUUAGUAUAUCAGAAAAAAUUGGCGAACAAGCAACUGCCACAAGUGGCCUCAAACAACAACAACAACAACAAAAAUUUUCAAACGAAUACUCAAAUAAAAAUAGUAAUACUAAUUUUAAUUCUAAUAUUAAUAUUAAUAAUAAUAACAAUAAUAAUUAUCUUGCAAUACCUGCCUUGCCAAAAAACUUGUAUAAUAAUAAUAAUAAUAGAAUGACUGAAUACGUUUAUAGUGGUAGUACUAAUAUUAAUAAUAAUAAUAAUAAUUUAAAUAUAAAUAAAAAUAUUAAUACAGAUAAAAUUAGUAGUAGUAGUAGUAUAAAAACUAGUUAUAUUGAUAGCCAUAGUAAUGAAUUGAAUAUUAAUAACAAUAACAACAACAACAACUUAAAUAUUGACAAUAAUUUUAAGGACUAUUUAAAUACUACUAAAGAUAAGAAUAAUGCCAAUCGAAAAAACUUAUUUGAAGCGAUAAAAAACAUCAACAACAAUAAAACUAAAAAUAUAGUACAAUACAGAUAUGCGGUUUCUUUUAUUUCGAUAAAGCAUAGUUUAUCGAUUUGAUUUGAUUUAUGUUGGCUUAAAUUUUUUCUAGGAGGG